GGGCAAGGGCGGCGGAGGCGCGGCACUGGCCUGCUGUUUUCUGGGCUAUGGUGCUGAAGGACUUCCCGUCAGGAAUUGGCGAGACUGACGCCGAGAGCCGCCGGCGCUGGGCAGUGUUUCUCUAAAAGCUUGGGUCCGUGCCUGGCCGCGGGGCAGGAGCGUUGCAGCGCAGCGGUGCGCUUCGCCUCUGGGGCAGUCGGCGGUGGAAAUGCAGAGAGCUGGGCACCUUACGGGGUUCGUGCCGCUCUGGAAAGAUGUUGGAGCUCGUAGCUCUCUUGCCCAGCUUUGUGUGGAACAUGCUUGAGCUUUUUCUGCAGCCAGGACUGCGAUUAGCGAUGCUGCUAGAACUGUGAGUCUUCAGAGCUGGGUGGGAUUUAGUGCCUGUUCUUGAAGCAGGCAGGAAGGCAGGCUUGGGUAGCAGCUUUUCAGCUUAAACUGCUGUACCACUUCUGUGCUUUUCUGUGUGCUGCUUUUAUCCAGGCUUACAGAAUAUCAGAUAUCCACGCAGUUUUAAACCUCGUCCAUUGAGGAAAACAAACCACUCAAGGGGUAGCCGGCAAAAAUACCCAAUAGAAGUGCCAAGGCUAUGAGAGAACGCAGCCAGCAGAGCCUCGGUGGACACGUCCUGUAUGUAGGGUUAUUCAGACAUCCAGGAAUGCUGCACAGAGCUAAGUACAGCCGAUUCAGGAAUGAUUCCAUAACAUCCCUAGAUGAAGGUACACAAAAUACAUCUUUAAAUAUUAAAGGUUCUUCCUCUUCUUCCCAUUCUUCAACGCCUAAUUUACUGACAGAAGAUGUUUCUCUGGGGCCACAGGACACCUGCACCACCCUGUGCACUCUGAUCCCCCGGAUGGCUAACAUUAAACUUGCCAACCCGUCGAACCUUCCAGGACUGAAAAGCUUCUGCCUGGGAAUGAAAGAAAUGCCACGGAUCAAACUCACAGAGUGUUUUACCAUCCCAAGCAGCCCAACCUCACCCGAGAUCAGCUGCCUCUCAGCUUCUUAUCCACAGCCUGACCUGGACAAACUGGCCCUAAACCCAAAGCCAGUGGGUGACUUCACCACACGAGAAGCUGAGGAAGCAGCUCCUGUGGGCAGGCAGGACAGGAGCCUCAUGCAGAAUGGCGGUGUUGGGGAGCCUGCAACUACCUACAGCGUGCGGUACAUGGGCUGUAUUGAAGUACUGCAGUCAAUGAGGUCCCUGGACUUUGGCACACGAACACAAGUCACCAGGGAGGCAAUAAGCCGACUGUGUGAAGCUGUGUCAGGUACAAAUGGAGCUAUAAAAAAGCGGAAGCCUCCAGUGAAGUUUCUGUCUUCUGUACUUGGCAAAAGCAACCUUCAGUUUUCUGGCCUGAAUAUAAAGCUGACCAUUUCUACAAGCAGCCUUACUUUGAUUAAUGUGGACACACAGCAGAUUAUUGCCAACCAUCACAUGCAGUCCAUCUCAUUUGCUUCUGGAGGUGACCCAGAUACAACAGACUACGUUGCAUAUGUAGCAAAAGAUCCUGUUAAUCAGAGAGCAUGCCACAUACUGGAGUGUCCUAAUGGGAUGGCACAAGAGGUGAUAAACAGCAUAGGGCAGGCUUUUGAGCUGCGGUUCAAACAGUACCUGAAGAACCCAUCUAGCCUGGUUACGUCUAAUGAAAGUGAGGCAGCAAAUAGUAAUGGAUCAGCUGGGAAUUCACAGGAGAGGGAUGAUCAUGAAUAUUACAAUGAAAUUCCAGGGAAAGAGCCUCCCACCGGUGGCGUGUUAGACAUGCGAAUGCAAGUGCAAACAGACCAAAGGGCUAACUGCCUCCUGCAGUGCAGGAAGCAGUGUUGCUUGACAGGUAGCCCAACAUUCAUCAAUAUAUAUCAAAAUUGUCCAGAAGACACCAAAACUGUGGGUAACUGUGAUGAAAGAUCACAGAAGACAAAAAAAGAGGCAACUUUGUUGAAGCCUGCCCACAAAACAGAUCUGUUUGAUGAUCCGUGCUACAUCAACACGCAGACCCUGCCAUCUGCAGUCUGUGCAGCCCGUGGUGCAGCAACGACACAGACCCAUGGAAGCCCACUGCGCCAGGCCAAGUUACCGGAAGCUAUUCAGCAGAGUGCCACAAGCAACACAGCUGGUUUCUCUCUUCUGCCACAAAUAAAGCAACAGCUAAAGAAUGAAGAUUGUUUCCAUGGCAAAUUAAACAGGAAAGCAGCAGAGAGCCUCUUAGUCAAUGAUGGGGAUUUUCUGGUGCGAGAGAGCACAACGUCACCUGGUCAGUAUGUCCUCAGUGGACUUCAGGGAGGGCAAGCAAAGCAUCUGCUCUUGGUGGAUCCUGAGGGCAAGGUGAGAACCAAAGACCGUGUAUUUGACAGUGUGGGUCAUCUUAUUCAGUAUCACAUGGAAAAUAAUUUGCCAAUCAUCUCUUCUGGAAGUGAAGUGAGCUUGAAGCAGCCUGUAAGGAAAGACAGCAAUGUGGGACAUGCACAAUAUCACAAAUAGUCCCUUGGAUCUCACAAAGCCCAAGAAAAUUCAUAUCUGAAAACUGUACCAGGAGCUUUCUAUUAUGAAGACAAUUGAAAAUGCAUAUAGACUGCUGCUGUUGCAGAAGAUACCCUUUUGAGUGUGUGCCUGUGAAUAUAUGUAUAUGUGUAGAUCUAUAGAGACCAACAAGCAUAGUUAUGUAGAUAUAUAUAAUCCUGAUCUUAACGAAAUUACACCUUCAGAGUGUGAGAUUCAUUUGUGAGAAGGUAUUUUAGACAUGCACAAAUGUCACUUUCAAGGUCAUACUGAAUCAGUAACGAUUUAAAAGCACAAUUAAACCUCUACAUGCAAAAGCUCACUUGAACAAACUGCUGGAACAUUAGUAUGUGCCUUUUAGCAUAGAAUUAUUGGAAACCAAUAUUUAUACUGAAUUAGUUUUGGGUGGUUAAACAAACACGUCUAAGCUUUUAACUAUUUGCCAAAAUAUGUAAUUUGAAUAUUACUGAAAUGUCAUCUGCUUUCAAUAGACACUAACGAUUUCAUUUUGCUUGUAACAGCACUUUACUAGCAAGUCAUGUUUGAAGUGAGUAGAGUUCACAAUGCAGAAUGAUUGUCUGGUUUCUUAAUGCUUUUUUUUACCACUGUCUGACUACUCAAAGAUUUGAGAUGAUGCAGCAUUGGCAAAGUUGAAAUUAAUAUAUGUAAUGUAAUUUUGGAAUAGAAAUUGUUCAAGGAUAGGCAUGCUACUAGAUCCUAAUAUUUUUGUCUUGCAUAUGAUUUUAUUAUUAGUAUCAAUUAAUACUGGAGACAUCUCUUUUUAAAGGUAGGCUAAAUAUAUUUUCAUUGAUUACAUAGUUAUUUACACACUGGAGAAGCUGAACAGAGUUAGUGAUACAUUUUGAGAGAAAACUGUUUAAAAGACUGAACUUUGCAUGUGCCCUUAUUCAACAUUCUUUCCAAAACAAGGACACGCUUUUCCCUUUCUUCACAUACAAUCCAUUUGUUCCUAAACAUGGAAAAAAGUCUUUUAAAGGAAACCUAUGAAUUGUUUUCCCACAAUAAAUACUCUUAAAUAUGGUCAGUCCUAUA